UAUAAAGAGUUGUGAAAAUUGACUGUGUAGGGUUGCUACACAGCAUAAAAAUAUGCCUUAUAUGCCAAUAUUUUUUUUGAAAAACACAACAACAAGUCUGCAAAAAAGCACUCUAAAUUUGAUGUCCUGAUUUCUUUCCUUCAACCCAGUUGUGAUAUCGGGAACUUACCAAACCGAAUCUUCAGCACCAACAUAUUUGGCUGUCAUAUGUAAUACUUGUGGAGCACAUAAAGAAUAUAAACAUGUAGAAUGAAAUUUCUGCUGGAUAGACACUUGGACAUGCUAAGUGGUAUUUAGAAGGCAGAGCGGGGCACAAAGGACCAUUGCAGAAAAAGUGAGCCUUAGAGUGGGGAGAGGUGCAUAUGGGGAGGGGAGAAGGGGGUUUUAAGGAGUGCGAAGGGAGAAACCAGAUCCCUCUACUCCAUUCUCAAAAUUUUGAUUCGCGUCUCAGGAUUUUCCCAGGGGAGUCAUGACCAGGGUUUAUUAUUAGUACCUGCCUCAGCCCUCGCCCUCCUUGCUUUACCCCUCAUAUGUCUCCCUUCCUCUCCUCGCUCUCUUUCCUUGCAGUGCUUUUCUGUCCCCUGUCCUUUCUCUGCCCGCUCUCUUUGCUUCUCUCUCCUUCCUAAUCUGCUCUUUUUUUUUCUUUUUUUACUGUCUGCCUGUUUCUCUACUUUCCUCCAUUCCCCCUCUCUCUCCUCUCUCCUUUCCGUCAAUGCUUGUAUCUUUCCUUCUCCGUUCUGCUUCUUCCUCUGUCUCUCUCUCCUCUCGCCCUCUACCUCACUCUGUACCAGAGCCAUGGGCAAAACUGAACUGUAUUCAGUGUAUAAGACCUGCAUCAGCUGUGUCUGCCUGUGCCUGUCUCGGAGCAACAGCCGGACGAGGGCGUUGAGUGUGAGGGACGACGAGGAAGGGCACCUGAUCUAUCGGAGUGGGGACGUCCUGCAAGAAAGAUAUGAGAUUGUCAACACUUUGGGGGAGGGCACCUUUGGGAGGGUAGUCCAGUGCGUGGACCACCACAGGGGAGGAGCCCGCGUGGCCCUGAAGAUCAUUAAGAACGUGGAGAAAUACAAGGAGGCGGCGCGUCUGGAGAUCAACGUGCUGGAGAAGAUCAACGAGAAGGACCCAGAGAACAAGCAUCUGUGUGUGAAGAUGUAUGACUGGUUCGACUACCACGGCCACAUGUGCAUCUCCUUUGAGCUGCUGGCGCUGAGCACCUUUGACUUCCUCAAGGAGAACAACUACCUGCCCUACUCCAUCAGCCAGGUCCGCCACAUGGCCUACCAGAUCUGCCAGGCCGUCAAGUUUCUUCACGAUAACAAGCUGACGCACACCGACCUGAAGCCGGAAAACAUCCUGUUUGUGAAUUCAGACUUCACCAUCACCUACAACAUGGAGAAGAAGCGCGACGAGCGGACGGUGAAGAGCACGGCGGUGCGGGUUGUGGAUUUCGGAAGCGCGACCUUCGACCACGAGCACCACAGCACCAUCGUGUCGACGCGCCACUACCGCGCCCCUGAGGUCAUACUCGAGCUGGGCUGGAGCCAGCCUUGUGACGUGUGGAGCAUUGGCUGCAUCCUCUUUGAGUAUUACCUGGGCUUCACUUUGUUUCAGACACACGACAACAGGGAGCACCUGGCGAUGAUGGAGAGAAUACAGGGACCAAUCCCCUCUAGGAUGAUCCGUAAGACCAGGAAGCAGAAGUAUUUCUAUCACGGCCGACUCGACUGGGACGAGAGCUCCUCUGCAGGGAGAUACGUGAGGGAGAACUGCAAACCGCUGCGGAGGUACCUGCUGUCUGAGGCGGAGGAGCACCACCAGCUGUUCGACCUGAUCGAGAGCAUGCUGGAGUACGAGCCCUCGAAGCGCGUGGCGCUCGCCGCCGCCCUGCGACACCCGUUCUUCCUGCCCCUCCGCGAGGGCGGCAGCGGGGGCGACCCCGGAGGCAGCAAGAGCUGGGAGGGCAACCGUGACAUCAGCCGGUGACCGGGCCACCGUCCGAGACCCUCCGAGGGGAUAGAGCCGCGGGCGUUUGGGAAGAGGGGGCGCGCGAGGAACCGCCAGGCUCGACUCCUGUAGGGACAGUAAUGACAGUGAUGAUGGCUGGAUCUGGGGCAGAGGGGUUCCCCGAUACCGAAGUAUUGGUUGACGAAUGCUCUGCUUCUUUGCUCCUCUACCUCCUUUUAACCUCCUGGGCCUAUCCCCUCUACCUCACCUUGCUGUUCUUCCCCCCCCUCUCUCGCUCCCCUCCUGCCAAUCCGCACGGACAGAGGAAGAGAUGGCAUGUGGAGGGCAGGCCCACAGCGUGUGCUCACGAACUUUGCGCUCAUUGGGCAGAGAUGAGCGACGAGCAGUGAUGUGUGGGCGACGCCAGCCAAUCCCAGUUCACGUUGAGACUUAACUGGGGCGGGUGAUUGAAAGGGAGAGGCAGGAGGGAAUGCUUGACAGCAUACCCACAUCAGCCCGCUUCCAUUGUCCUCACGGGGAAGAGAGGGGUGGGGCUUCGUUGAAAUAAACUCUGCCGAUUGGAAGAGACUCAGAAUGAGAGAAGACAAGAGACAUCCACUGUCACUGACAGGUGAGCGGAGUCUUGGCUCUGGCUGUCAGAGGCUCUGACGCAUGAUCGGGUAUUUGGCUGAUCUCUGAUCGCAGAGGGCAGAUCUAGUGACAUCACCAGCCAACAGUUACUCAGCACUUCUGCCAUCUGGCCUGACUGCUCGGAGUGAUACAGCUCCUUACAAUCAGUGAUACACUCCCACGCUGGCUGCUGAUUGGAUCCCCUCAAACUGAUUGACAGCUUCCCUGUUUCUUUCUUUCCGAGAUAGAGGUGGGACUAACCGCAGUGACUCCGACCAGCACUCCCCAUUGCUCAGUGGUAAGAUGGUGUUAUGGAAAAUGUUAACUUUUACACAGUUGCUCGUAGCUGAUUUGGCAACUGGUACUGGUUGACCACCAUAAUACACACAUGCAUACACAUACAUGCUACACAACACACUGUUUCCUUGUUACAAAGAACUCUGUGUCUGAUAUUAAAUGAAGCACACAUUGUCUUACCUAUUGCAGAUACGUUCUCAUUGCCACAGACACAACAUUUACACGUUUACAGUAUUUAUUGAGAAGCUACAAACUGAGCAUCUUGUUCUAUUUUUUUGUAUGAAAUGAACUUUGUAUAAACUGUAUAUAAGUACAAUUCUAUAAUAAA